AUGAAGAGAAAAUCCACUUUUAUAAAAAAAAGUACGAUAAAAGAGCAAAAUACUUUGGAGAAAUUUGGAAUUUUUAAAAAGGUAAAUUUAUUAAAACAAGAAAAUGAAAAAGAAACAAUUAAAAUAAAAAAGGAAAAAAUUGAAGAUGAAGAGAAUGAAAAAAAAAUAGAGAAUAUUAUUAAAAAUGAAAAUAUGAUGGAAUGCGAAGCAGAAGAAAAUUCUGAAUUGGGAAGAGGAAAUGAGGAAAUAAGUGCAAAUAAAAAAGAAGAGAUGAAUAAAGAAGAUAUAAAUGAAAAUAACAUUCCAUUACAUAAAAUAUAUCAACCAAUUUGUAAAGAAGAUUAUAUAAAUGAAAUAAGGAGUUCAACAAAUCCUUUGUUAAAAAAAGUAUUAGAUGAAGAUAUAAAUUUCAAUUUAAUUAUAUAUGGACCCCCAGGUAGUGGGAAAUCAUCCUUAAUAAAUGUUAUAAAAAAUAAAACGAAACAUUUAUUUAUAUAUUUAUUUCAUUUGAAUAAUUUAAAUAAUGAAUUAAGAAAAAUAUAUGACCAAUCACUAAUUAAUUAUAAACAUUAUAAAAAGAAAACUAUAUUAUGUGUAAAAGAUAUAAACAGAUUAAAUAAAAAUCAACAAGAACAAUUAUUGCUAAUAUUAAAAAAGGGACAUCUUUUUUUAAUUGCAACCUGCUUAUUCAACCCAAUGAGUAUUUUAAAUGCAUCUUUAAAUUCACGAUGCUUAUUUUUAUAUUUACGUUCUUAUGACAAGAAAGAAUUAAGAUUAAUUAUAGAAAGAAUAAUAAAUAAAUUAGAUAUCAAAAUAGAAGAAGAAGCUUUAAAUAUAAUAAUGAAUCAUUCUUGUGGAGAUGCAAGAGUCGCUAUUGGUAUAAUUGAUUUUGCAAUUCAAAAUAUGAAGAAAAUAGAAUUAAGGGAAAAUAUAGAAAUAACAAAUAUAAAAAAAAAUAUGGAAGAAAAAAAACUGGAUGAAAUCAUAGGAGAGACAAAAUCAGAAGAAAUUCAUGUUCAUCCAUCUCUUCAAAAUGAAAAAAGAAGUAUACAAUUUGAUGAUAUAAAAUAUUUUUUACAAAACUUUCCGUGUAAUGAUAAUAAACUAGAUCAUUAUAAUUUCAUUUCAGGAUUGCAUAAAAGUAUAAGAGCAGGAAAUGUAAAAGCUGCUAUUUUAUAUUUAACAAAAUCGCUAAAAAAUGGAGAAGAUCCUUUAUAUAUAUGUAGAAGAUUAAUAAGAAUAGCUUCAGAAGAUAUUGGCUUAGCUAAUCAUGAUGUCUUAUCAAUGUGUGUUAAUACUCACUAUGCUUGCAAAGCAAUUGGUAUGCCUGAAUGCCAAACAGCUUUAAUUUAUGCAGUUAUUGUUUUAUGUAAAUCUUCAAAAAGUAAUUAUGUUUAUGUUGUUGAAAACAAUGCUAAAAAUAUAUGUAACGAAUACAGUUUUACCGUUCCUUUUCAUUUAAGAAAUACAUCAAAUAAAUACAUAUAUACGAAUCAACCUGAAAUUUUAACUUUUGAAGAACAUUUAAAUAAAUAUAAAGAUAUACAAAAAUAUUUACCUGAUCAUCUUGAAAAUUUAGAAAUAUUACCUGAACUGUAA